AUGCCGCAUCGUUCGCCGCCCGUACAAGUCGCCAUGGCGACCGUGAGCCGUCGGAUGCGGGUGCGGCGUGCCCCUCCGCGGCGUUCUACAGUCGCAGCCACAACGACGUCGUCAACGCCUCACAUUUCACUACUUGUGACACCAGUUCUAAAGGAUCUUUACACAGAGAUGGCAUCAUUACCGUCAUCAUUAUCAUCUGCGCCACAGGGACUCUCCAAAGGCUCUGCUGAUUUAAUGUGCAAGCUCCGUUUACACCUCCAAAUGGAACAGGAGUCGGUGUCUCCCACAGCAGUCGCACAUGACGUGAAUCUAAUCAAACCAAAAAAGUAUGAAAAUACUACAGCCUUGGAUAGCCGUGUAGAAGACGCACUGCCUCUAUACAACCCAACCCUUGAUCCUACUAUUCUGAGGCGAGUAGCUGUUGCCAUUGACAUUGACGGAGCACUAAAACGUGCCCGAGAUUUCGUGCGUGCUAUUCGUGAUGGUGGUAACUUUCGCAGUAUUCUUUCAAGCCUAAGGCGGUUGCAACCUGAACUUACCAUGCAGGAAUUGGAACUGCAGGUGGGUAUUGCAGCAAGACUGCAUCACGGCAAAGAUGGUCAACGCGCGUCUAGGCUCCGCGGGUUUCGAAUGUACACUAGUGAUAUACAGGUAGCGGAAGUACUUCCUAAUGGAAAGAUUGUUACUUUUAUUUCUCCAACACUUCCAGAUACGUUUAAUAUCAGCCAGUACAAAUCGGCAGGACCCGAGCAGCGUUAUUUGCACUUUGUACUUUACAAGGAGGGGUUGUCUCUUUCUGAAGCCUUUAGACUGUUGAGCGAGACCUGUGAGGGGAUGUGUCUUCCAGAACACUUUGCAGCGAAUGUCGCACUGGAAGAGUCCGCGGUAACUGUUCAAGUGUGCAGUCUGUGUUUGAUCCCGUCUGACUCCAAUUUCGACGCGAUGCAUCAAGUAACCGUCAUUAAAAAGUUACUUCGAGUCAACCUGCGACCGCUAAAACUCAAUUUGCAGCUUCUCGGCUGGCGCACCUUUCCUUGUGAUCCGUUACAUAGUCAUCGUUGCCAGAUGCAGUAUAGUAUGCUUUUGCGGGGCAUCACUACCACGCAGCCGACUCAAUUGGAGAAGAAAGUCCAGGGGCACCUUGCGGCAUUUACUAAUUUUUUUGGGCCCCGCCACUUUGGAAUGCUCGUACCGUUGUCUCCGUUUCGCUCAUUCCAUGCAACCGCAGCGUGGGAGAAAAACAUGCCGGCGGAAGCGCUUCUCAUUGCAGCGUGUCUCAGCGAUGACACGAGAACAACGGUAGAGGAAAGUUGGAUAGAUGAGAUGGUGGAACUUUUUCAGAAGGGUGAGGAUCGCCCUGCUGUUCUGAAAGAAUGGUAUCAUCUUCACGUUUCACGUGGAUUAAGGACACAAAUCGAAAGAAGCAAAUCCGACCUACUGUGGAACGUACUCGCUAGUUGUCGCAUUCAUGAACUAAAGAGGGGUGCGGUGACAGGCUCUCCUGAGCCUGGGGAGUUUGUAUUGCCAGACAGUAACUGUUUUUUCUCUGAUGAAAUGGUAGCCAAACCCGAACUCUUUCCCGAUGGUUGUUUGCCGACUAAGACUUGCGAUUACCGUGACCUUCGGGGAGUUUGUGUAGUAGAUACAAGAGAGGAGGCGGCAUCGCACAGUAUCCGUGAUAUCGUCAUUCCACUUAACAUGGGCAGCAAUGAAUCCAUGAGCCAAUUGUCCCGUCUGUUGGGAUUCGUUUCUAUUUCACCUAAAGGCACUCACUACCCGCAGAAUCCAGUGUCCUUUCGGCCGCUCUUUUUUGCAGGCAGUGGGCACCCUCGUGCAACGCGUCCAUGGGUAAAAGUCCUGCCGGAAUUAAGCAAUGUGCUAGAGGGGAAUGGAGAGGGCGUGUACAAGUUACUGACGGAUAUGGAACUUCGGCAAUGCACCAGUUACACGGCGACCUCGCGAGGGCAGCCCGGUUGUCUAUGGCCAAUUGGAAAGUACGGCUUCCGACUGGCAGAACGAUUGCCCGCUGGUGCCGUUGCGCUGACUGCAUCGGAUACAGCACGGCAGCGAGGUACCAAGGCCCUUGCUCUCCACUUCACUUUGCCCGCUCAUGCAUACAGUAUGGCAUUAUUUAGGGAAUUCAUGGCAAUCGAGGACCACGCACCUCUGCCAAAUGCUUUUGUUGACAGCCACUGCCCUAGCGAAACGAGGCGGUCUGCGGAUGCGACCGACAAGAAUAUAGUUGCGCUGGCGGUGUCCCCACAUGAUGCGGAACUCGUUGAUGGCGACCUCUUGGGAAAAAUGAGGAUAAAGUGA